AUGACGGUCAACAAGGUCUCUAUUCUCGGAAGAGAAUGUAUCCAUGUUGGUUACGACAUUUCAAACCAUAUUGUUGACACUGUGCUUGCUGAAGAGAAAUCUUCAACCUAUGUCAUUAUCACAGACAAGAAUAUUGAACAAGCGGGUCAUUUGGCUGAAUACACCCAAUUGUUUGAAAAAACCAUCAACAGCAACCAACUCGCCUCUCGUGUUCUCACCUAUGUGGUUCCUCCAGGAGAAAACCACAAAUCUCGUGAAGUCAAGGCGUCUAUUGAAGACUGGCUUCUACUUCAAGGUUGCACCAGAGACACAGUGAUCAUUGCCCUUGGGGGUGGUGUCAUUGGCGACAUGAUUGGUUAUGUUGCCGCCACCUAUAUGCGUGGGGUCCGUGUUAUCCAGAUUCCAACCACCCUAUUAGCCAUGGUUGAUAGCAGUAUUGGUGGUAAAACCGCAGUCGACACCCCAUUAGGUAAGAAUUUUAUUGGCGCCUUCCACCAACCUCGCUACGUGUUUGCCGAUGUUAAAUUCCUAGAAACUCUUCCGGAGCGUCAGCUAAUUAAUGGUAUGGCUGAAGUCAUCAAAACUGCUGCUAUCUGGAACGCUAGUGAGUUCAAACGUUUAGAAGAUCAUUCUGCAAAAUUUUUGAAAUGUAUCGGCGCUAAAGAUUUCGCUCCAAUUAGAGAGCAUUUACUUUUGUGUGUAUUGAAUUCUAUUGCCGUCAAAUGUGAAGUAGUUACUGCUGAUGAAAAGGAAGGCGGCUUGCGUAACCUUUUGAAUUUGGGACAUACCAUCGGGCAUGCUUAUGAAGCUAUUCUUACUCCUCAAGCUCUUCACGGUGAGUGUGUGGCAGUUGGUACUAUUAAAGAAGCAGAACUUUCCAGAUAUCUUGGUAUAUUAUCACCAGUGGCUGUUUCUCGUCUUUACAAGAUUUUCCAAGCUUAUGGAUUGCCAACUUCUAUUCAUGACAAGAAAUUUGCCCAAAUCUGUCAUUACAAGAAAUGCCCACUUGAAACUCUCCUUAAAAAGAUGGCUAUCGAUAAAAAGAAUGAUGGUUCUAAGAAGAAAGUUGUUCUUUUAGAAUCUAUUGGUAAGUGUUACGAACCUCAUGCGUCUUAUGUUAAUGACCAGGAUCUUAGGUUUGUCCUUACCGAUGAAGUACUUGUUCACCCAUAUCCACAAGUAUCCAAUAAGAAAUUCACCAUUACACCACCAGGAUCUAAGUCUAUCUCUAACCGUGCUCUCACUCUCGCCUCAUUGGGUCUUGGGGAAUGUAAAUUGCGUAAUUUACUUCACAGUGACGAUACCGGAGUCAUGUUGAAAGCCAUUACUGACCUUAAAGGUGCCUCUUUUGAAAUUGCUCCUGAUGGAGAAACUCUUGUUGUUCGUGGUAAUGGAGGUAAAUUCGUUAGCACCGAAGAAAAGCAGCUUUAUCUUGGUAACGCUGGUACCGCUUCUCGUUUCUUGGCUUCUGUUGCUACUCUUGCCAAGGGCGGUUCAAGAGUUAUCCUUACUGGUAACGCUCGUAUGCAAGAACGUCCAAUUGGUCCUCUUGUUGAUGCGCUUCGUGCAAACGGCUCAUCUAUCAAAUAUUUGAACAGAGAGGGCUCAUUACCGCUUGAUAUUGCCAGUACUGGUUUCCAAGGUGGAGUUAUUGAACUCAAGGCUACUGUGUCUUCACAAUAUGUCUCCUCCAUUCUUAUGUGUGCACCAUAUGCUGAAAACCCUGUUACUUUGAAACUUGUCGGCGGUAAACCAAUUAGUCAAUUCUACAUUGACAUGACCGUUUCAAUGAUGGCUUCAUUCGGUAUUGAGGUCACCAAGGACCCAAUUGAACCACAUACUUACCAUAUUCCACAAGGUCAUUAUGUCAAUCCUCCAGAGUAUGUUAUUGAAUCGGAUGCUUCAUCUGCCACUUAUCCUUUAGCUCUUGCCGCCCUUACCGGUUGUGAAGUGACUGUGCCAAAUAUUGGAUCCAGUUCUUUGCAAGGCGAUGCGCGUUUUGGUAUUGAUGUGUUGAAAGCUAUGGGCGCUAAUGUUGUACAAACUGCCACUUCCACCACUGUCGUUGGUGGUAAAAUUCCAUCAUUAAAUGCUUUGACAGAGGUUGAUAUGGAACCAAUGACGGAUGCUUUCCUUACUGCUAGUGUUGUUGCCGCAGUAUCCAAGGGUAAGACUAGAAUUAUUGGUAUUGCUAAUCAACAUGUUAAAGAAUGUGACCGUAUUCAAGCAAUGGUUGACGAACUUGCCAAAUUUGGCGUCAAGGCCGAAGGGUUUGAUGAUGGUAUUGAGAUUUAUGGUAUUGAUAGAUCAGAGUUGAAAAUACCGACCUUUGUGAAGACUUAUGAUGAUCACCGUGUGGCUAUGUCUUUCAGUUUACUUGCUGGUUUAGUUAAUGAUGGAAAGGGUGUGAGAAUCUUGGAAAGAUCAUGUACAGGCAAAACAUGGCCUGGCUGGUGGGAUAUUUUACAUAGUUCUUUUGGUGUGGAAUUGAAUGGGUUUGAACCAGAAGCUGUGACAGAAAGUACCACUGUCCAAAAUGACAAAUCUAUAAUUGUCAUCGGAAUGCGCGGUGUUGGCAAAACCUGUCUUAGUGAUUGGGGUGCUGAUACUCUUGGGUACAAACGUAUUGAUCUUGAUCAUUACAUGGAAGAAGUUCUCGGUAUUAAUAUUAGAGAAUUUAUUAAUACUGAAGGAUUUGAUAAAUUCAGAGUUGAAGAAUUUAAGAUUUUCCAAAAAGCUCUAACUGAUUUCCCGACUGGCCAUGUUUUAUCUACCGGUGGUGGAAUUGUUGAAAUUCCUGAGGCUCGUAAGGCUUUGAAAGAAUAUAUUACUGCAGGUGGUAAGGUUAUUCAUUUGCAUCGUGAUAUUUCUGAAACUAUUUCAUUCUUAGAAAAAGAAACCGAUAGACCUAAGUAUCUGGAUGAAAUCAGCGUUGUGUGGGAAAGACGUGCUAAAUGGUAUAAAGAAUGCUCAAAUUACCACUGGUAUUCGAAUCAUUGCGAUGGUGCUGAAGAUUAUGGUAGAUUACGCUCAGCAUUCACCAAUUAUUUACAAGUAAUUUGUGGAAUGAAACAGAUCAAUAUUCCAAGCACUAAAUCUUUCUUUGUGUGUUUGACGCUUGGUGAUUUAAAAAAACACACUAAUCUCAUCAAGCCUGCUAUCAUGGGUUCUGAUGCCGUUGAAUUGAGAGUUGAUUUAUUAGAUAAAUGGGAUAAUGAAUACGUUUGUCAGCAAUUAGCCAUUCUUAAGGAAUACAACAAUAAUAUUCCUAUUGUUUUCACCAUUAGAACUAAAUCACAAGGAGGUAAGUUCCCUGAUGAUAACUACAGCGCUAUCAAGGAUUUGAUUUUCAGUGCCAUUAGACUUGGUGUUGAAUAUAUUGAUUUGGAAUUAUCCUUACCUGCUGAUGUCAAAUUUGAGAUCUUGGCUAAGAAAAAGUUCUUCACUAAGAUUAUCGGUUCUAAUCAUGAUUUUUCAGGUAAUAUUAAAUGGGAUAGUGAUCAAUGGGAAGCGAACUACUCUUUAGCUACCAGCUUGGAUGUUGAUGUGAUUAAAUUUGUUGGCACUGCCACAAGUUUUGGAGAUAAUGUUGCUCUCGAAAAUUUCAGAUUAAAGCAUGCCAGUGGUAAAACACUUAUCUUAAUGAAUAUGAGUGAAUUAGGGAAAUUUUCAAGAGUUUUGAAUACGAUUCUUACUCCUGUUACCUCAUCUUAUUUGCCAUCAUCUUCUGCUCCAGGGCAAUUGACAAUUCAACAAAUCAAUAAGUACUCUUGUGAAUUUGGAUUAUUGCCUGCCAAGAAGUUUUACAUUGCUGGGUCUCCAAUUGGUCAUUCACGCUCACCAGUUUUACAUAACACUGGAUUCAAAUUACUCGGAUUACCGCACCAUUAUGAUUACUUAGAAACCGUAGAUGCCGCUGAGGUUUUUGAAAAGACCAAAUCAAGUGAUUUUGGAGGUUGCUCUGUAACUAUUCCAUUGAAACUCGACAUCAUGAAAUAUCUAACACAUUUAACUGAAAAUGCAAAGGUUAUUGGGUCUGUCAAUACCGUUUACAAGAAUGUUCAAGGUGAAUUGUGUGGGGAUAAUACUGAUUGGAUGGGAAUCUAUGGAUCAUUAACCAGACACAAUGUUGCAGCUAAAGGCUUCACUGGCUUAGUGAUUGGAGCUGGUGGAACUUCAAGAGCUGCUAUUCAUGCUUUGCACAAAUUGGGUGCUUCCAAGAUUUACUUGAUUAACCGUACUAUCGGUAAGUUGAUUGAAAUUGCUGAGAGCUUCCCAGUUGAAUAUAAUGUGGAGAUUGUUAAUGAACCAGUUAAUGUUGAUGUGGCUGUGAGCUGCGUUCCAGGUAACUUGCCACUUGACAAUGAAUUGAAACAACAGUUGAUGACUAUCUUUGAAAAAUCCGCAGGGUCAUUGUUGGUUUUGGAUGCCGCUUAUAAACCUGAAGUCACUCCGUUGAUGGAGUUGGCGAAGAGUGUUGGAGCUAAUGUUAUUGGGGGCAAAGAGAUGCUUGUUUAUCAGGGCAUCGAGCAAUUCCAAAUCUGGACUGGCUUUGUCGCGCCAUUUGAUGAAAUUUAUGAUGCUGUAGUUAACCAUUGA